AUGCCACGGCUCCGAAGAUGCCCUUUUGACCUGUCUGAUGUUGACUGGGAAUCCUCAUCUCGUCUCGGUGGUGGACUUGAUGGGUUCGUCUGGAAGGUGUGGUUCAAAGGGGAUGGACCCUUUGUUCUGAAAGUGUUUUGGGGCGCCGAGCCGCCUGGGUUCUGCCAUUACUUCGCUGUACAGCGGGAAUGUCAGAACGCCGCUCUCCUCCAAAUGAUGGAGACGGCAGUGAAACAGGCUUCAGUGGAUUCAGCUUCGAUUCUCGUCAAAGCCAAACCUGAAACCAAGUAUGAUGCACUUGACAACAUUCACGCCUUUUCAACUGAAGGGCGCAACCUAUGGGCAUCUGCCGAAGCGUCAGAGGUUACCGCGAUAACCUCGAUCCCACGGUUGAGGAAUUGUUACGGCUGGUUGAAGUUCAACGGCCAGACUUUCCUUAAUAUGCCUCCGAAACUAUGGGCGCCAAGUCUUACCAUUGGCAGGAUCAAUCGCAAUUUUUCCCCUGACAAGGAGUACUUUGCUAUUGCUUACGAAUUUGUCGAGGAGGGUGAAAACGAUCCGGCGACGGUGGAGAAAGUCGACGAGUUCUUGUGGCUUUCUGGCUUCGGGCAUAAUUCCUCACCCCUCGAAAAGAAUUGGGAGAGCGGAGUGCUCAUCGAUCUCUCGGAUAUUGUUCAUGCUGGUGGCUUUGGAUGGUCUCCGAAAUCUUACGGCGCAAGGCCAGCCAACCGCAUUUUGAGGCCAUGA